AUGUCCAGCAAAAGGGUAGACUCAAAUUUCACGCCAAGCGGAGGAGCAGAAGGCGAAGACGAGAAAAAGUUUCUGAAAGAAAAAGAAGGCAGUAAAAUUCCUCGUGGCAAUGUGGUUAUUCAAUAUCCUGAACUUACAGAAGUAGAACAGAACCGACACUUUUCAAACAAAGAUGCAACUUCUGAUGGCCAUAAGAGCUCUAUUGGCUCUUAUCUCAAGAGUGAUACAGGCAAACUCCCUGCUGAUGUUUGGAUUAGAGAAGGCAAGUUCACAACUGAAACUCAGUAUGUUGAAUCCGAAAAUCUAACUGACGGAAAUAUAUUCGAGUACAUAAGAAAAAAAGCAAGGAACUUUUUGGAAUUUGAUAAUUCGAAGCCCAUUGAUUCUAAUCUAGUUACCUUGGAUUGUGAAUCUUGGCACGAGAAUGGGUCUGAAAGUGGUAGUUCUUAUCUUUAUGGGUGGGAUUAUGCAAAUCCAAAUCGGUUCGUACAAGACGUUGUGAUCAUAGAUGGAGAAACCAAUGAUACAAGUAGAAACACAAUUUUUAAAGAAAGAGACGCGAAUUCAAAAGAUUAUUUUACCGAUUUGGAGCUAAAAACUACUCAAGUGCCAUCUCAUAGUACGAUAUUGGGAAGCUUUGUAGAAAGUAGUGUGAAGAAGCUAUCUUCUCCAAGUUUGUUGAAAGGACAUAGUUGUUCACUGGCAACAGAAGGUGAAAUCAAGAAAGAGAAUUCAUUCGUCGGGUUUCAGAGUAUUUUUUCGUUUCUUUGA